CAGCAGUUCACUAGUGGAUGAAUGAAAGACAGCCCAUGGGCAGACUGCUAUAACCUCCAUCUUGGGUGCCAAACUGACUUUUGUAAGGCAGAGCUCUGGGUUUUACAGGAUUCCAGAAAUGAUCUCAAAUGGGCUCUUCUUGGGGUCCCCUGCCCAGUCCCAGUAAGAACAGUGGCCUCAAUUGGACUAGACUUUGGGCAGCUAUAGAACCGAGGGUCCCCGCGCUCCCCGUGAAGAACCUGAAUGGUACUGGACCUGUGCACCCGGCCCUAGCAGGCAUGACCGGGAUCCUGCUGUGCGCCGCGGGGCUGCCCGUGUGCCUCACCCGCGCCCCCAAACCCGUCCUGCACCCGCCCCCCGUGAGCAAGAGCGACGUGAAGCCCGUGCCCGGCGUGCCCGGCGUGUGCCGCAAGACCAAAAAGAAGCACCUCAAGAAAAGUAAGAACCCCGAGGAUGUGGUCAGAAGAUACAUGCAGAAGGUGAAAAACCCGCCGGAUGAGGACUGCACCAUCUGCAUGGAGCGGCUGGUCACGGCAUCGGGCUAUGAGGGCGUGCUGCGGCACAAGGGGGUGCGGCCGGAGCUCGUGGGCCGCCUGGGCCGCUGCGGCCACAUGUACCACCUGCUGUGCCUCGUGGCCAUGUACUCCAAUGGAAAUAAGGACGGCAGCCUGCAAUGCCCUACCUGCAAGGCCAUCUAUGGGGAGAAAACGGGGACCCAGCCCCCCGGGAAGAUGGAGUUCCACCUCAUCCCGCACUCGCUACCUGGCUUCGCGGACACACAGACCAUCCGCAUCGUCUACGACAUCCCCACGGGCAUCCAGGGACCUGAGCACCCCAACCCGGGAAAGAAGUUCACCGCCAGAGGCUUCCCACGCCACUGCUAUCUGCCCAACAACGAGAAGGGCCGGAAGGUGCUGAGACUGCUGAUCACAGCCUGGGAGCGCAGGCUCAUCUUCACCAUCGGCACGUCCAGCACCACCGGAGAGUCAGACACCGUGGUGUGGAACGAGAUCCACCACAAGACCGAGUUCGGGUCCAACCUCACGGGCCACGGCUACCCGGAUGCCAGCUACCUGGACAACGUGCUGGCCGAGCUCACCGCCCAGGGCGUAUCUGAGGCUUCGGCCAAGGCCUGAGGCCCGGGCUGCUCACCUUCCCUCCCGCUUCGCCCCUGCAUCUCCAGCAGGUGUGCCCCGGCCACCCAGGUCCCGCACUGGGAGGAGCCUUCGAAAGCCGGAAUUGUUCAGGGGACCUGGCUGGUGGCAGUCGGGGUGAUGGCCACAUACCAGGCCAGCUGGCUCCGACCUGAAGCUUCCAGAGAGGGCCAGAGAGAGAGAGAGAGAGAGAGAGAGAGAGAAGAGAGAGAGGGCUGGAAACCACAGAAACAUCCCUACCAAAAAGACAGCAUCCAGCAUCCACCCCUCACUCACAAACACGUGUCCUUUGAACACAUGCACGCACACCCACGUGCCUCUACCUUCCCCCCCACACCAGGGGAGAAGAGAAAAGACCCCCCCAUGACACCCCACGUGGUCCCACCUGUGUUCCUGGGGCAGCUGCCCACACUGGUUUGCUCUCCUGACUCAGACAGGCCUAUGGACCCCUGAGGGACGGAGGAAGCCCUGUCACCCCUCGCCUCCCGUGUCAUCUCUGCUCCCCAGCCACUGGACACUGUGGGCCUGAGGGGCAAAACCCCCAGAUUAGCUUUACAUAGGUGGACUGGAGCCAGCAGAGAGGUUCUUGUUUUGUGCGUGUGUCGGUCUUUGUCCUUCUGGGACCCUGCCCCCCGUUUCCUCCCCGUCUGAUCUGCCGGCCUUACAUCUAUCCCAGAUAAAGGCACUUUUCUUCAUCCCACCCCAUCUUGUCCACCAAACUGCUCCCGACUCUGUGAAGGCUUCAGGACCAAGAGGAGGAGGCCUCCUCCAGGCCUGUACUUGGGAACAGGAGAGCUGACAGCAGAGAGUUAACUCCCCUCUCCUGGGGGGUGGGGAGUGGGCGGCUGACCGUCUCCAGCCAACCAGAGGCCUGUUGCCUAGGCAACUCACCAGCUCCGCCUCUGUUGAUUGGCUGCCCAGGUGGAAGUCAGCCAAGAUUUAAAGGGAAGCCAGCUGAUGGCUCUUUUGAAAACCUACCAGUCCCACUGUGGGCGGAGAAAUAAAUGGUCUUUCUCCUCGCCCAGUCUUUACCUGCCAAGAAGGGGGCUGGGUGCCGGUGAUGCUGGUGGG